AUGGUCUGGAUUUGUGGUCGCGGAAAAUCGAACAAACCGCUUGUUCAUAAAGAAGAAAAAACUUCAGUGAAGCAAAAGGUUUGCCACGGUGUGGGACAUGUAUUCAACGAUCUCUGCAUUCAAGCUUGGUUUACAUAUCUUAUAAUCUUUUUCAACAAAAUCGUCAAAAUUUCCGCGACCGGUACUGGAUAUAUUUUUCUCUCUUCACAAGUUGCUGAUGCCAUUUCCACCCCGUUCAUCGGCUAUGGAUGCGACAAAUCAAUCUCAAAGACAAUAACAAAGAAAUUUGGAAAUAGAAAGAUAUGGCAUUUCAUCGGAACCGUUGGUAUCUUGUUGGUUUGGCCGUUCGUAUUUAGCCCGUGUCUCAUUUGCAAUGAAGAUAGUCCGGAGUGGGUUCCGGUAGCAUACUAUGGUGUACUUGCCGCUCUAUUCAGUGUUUUUUGGCCAAUGGUGGAAAUCAGCCAUUUGUCAUUGAUCCCUCAUGUCGCUAAAAGACCGAAAGAUGCGGUGGAGUUGAGUGCAAUAAGGUAGGAAAACCUAACUAGAAUGUUAGGGAACUUGCAAAAACAACCAGAUUGUUUUGAAAAUUUAUCGUAAGGCGUUUGGUUGGCAUAUUUCCAAGCUUGCGAUGCAAACUUUGGGCGCUACUCGUGCGGUGCUACUUGUUGCCGCCGCAAAAUAAUUUUUUUUUUUAUGAGCUUAUGUCAUUGUUAAUCGCUCGAAGGAAAGCCAUGCUAUUUUAAGUCGAAAUAAAAAUUUCAACAAAAUAGUACUGUGUAAGGUCGAGUUAAUACGCUAUGAGUUCUGCUUUGAAAUUUAACCGGUUAAAAUUUGGGGAGAAAAAAAUGCUUUUGUCAAAUUCAUAUUGCAUCAUUUAUUUGACAAGCUGGGUUUCCCUGUACGUAUGGCGUCAGACACAAGGCCGGAAAGCGAAACAAUGCAGUCAUAUGACAUGCACAGAUGUCUUAUGAUCUGUAAUAUGAAAAAAAUAGAUUGAUGGAAUUAUCUAGUCCGUUAUUGUAAGGACACGCUUCGCUGAAAUUCUUUGACAAAGAAAUUGAUCAAUUGUUUAAGUGCAAAUGGCGACGAACCUUGGACUCGAAGCCAGUAUUUAUGAUAAUUCAGCAAAACAAAACAUCGCUUGAUUUAACUGCGUAGCUAAUAAACAUGCAGUUCCGCUUUCGGCUAGCAAAAAUAAAAGUUUGGGAGAGAAAAUUCUGAAAUCUUUCUACGAAAGUUGAGAAAAUUAUGCAAACACCACACUUAGGAUUGUGAAGAUCAGCGAUACGCGUGAACCCGAAGUGUGAGAAAUGUGGUUGUUUACAGUGAAACUUCAUCAAUAUGCUAUCAAGGUUACGGAAAAUUUUACGAUGUCAUCAUUGAAAAUUCCAGUCCUUAAAAAUAUUCCUCGCUUGCACGUUAACAUCUUUUAUAGUUCAAAGGAAGUUUUCACCUGCGAUUUUUGAUCAGCCUUUGCGACAUCUGCUGUCUCUUUGGUUGGGUUUAAAGCCAGUUGAAAUUUAUCUUACUGGAAUGAAAAUGUGGUUUUCGUAAAGGUGUGAGCUUACUUAAAAGAGCAAGAUGUUGUUACCUGUCGCCUUUACCCGACGAGAGCCUGCCCUGCGGGCAAUUAUGACAUUUUCCUCCCUUCUAGGGCCCAAAGAUGAACGGCGAACAAUUUUUUUUUCUUCUGUCAGAAAGCUUUUGUUUUUUACGAUGUAAAAACGGUGCUUUGGGAAAGGAUUAUGGCGAUUAUCGCAUCGUUGUCAACAAUUUGUUAAGGCAAAUACCUUUUUUUUACAAGAAGUAACCUAAUCGGAAAUCAGUUCUUCGAUUCGUCCUCCCGUUUCUACCAGUACCUGAAUGUGUUUGACUUUAAAUUUAUGCAGACUUUGUCUAAAACUUAUAAUGAUUUAACACUUAAUUCUUAAUUAACCUUCUGUGGAGAACUUGCCUUUUCAAUUUCACUUCUAUUGUAAUUACGUGUAAUUUUUUGUUAAAUUACAAAAAUAGUGCCCGCCUUGUUUUUUUGACGGAAGGAUUAUUAUAUUGUUAUGUAACCCUGCUGCUCGUUCUUCCCGUGUGCCUGAUGUGAGGGAUUCUAUAAAACAUUUCCUUUUCGACAGCAAGUUAAGCAUAUUGGAAAUAUUUACACAUUUUUUUGUAAGCGUAAGAGAAAAUCCUGCUCUUUGAUAACUUGCAGUCCGCUUUGCGCGGACUUAAAAACCUGCGGAGUUCUUUACCCCUGGGGCGCAUUCGCAAGACAACGGUGUCUCAGUCCAAGUUGUCGCCGCUUUUUUUCCUGUGAGAUUUUUGAGCAAGAUGGAUUUUUGUUUCGAGAGAUAUUCGUGAAGAAAGCCAACUGUAAGUAGUUUGCAUACGCUUUCGGUUUUCCACAGGAUAUCCGGAAAUUUUGAAAUAUAGUCGUCAUUUCCCACGGUGAUGAUGAUAGAGUGAAACCUUGCACUUCCAACUGUUUUAAAAACAUGCAAUGCUCUUAUCUGGUAACCAUAUCGCUACUAUAAAUUGCAGACAAAUUGAAGCAACAUGUAAGUUUAGACACGAAACAUUUCUAACAAUAAUAAAUAUCCAGACUGUGUGUAAACAUCUUUUGCUGUAAAGGCAGUUAUAAAGGAAAGAAGAAAAACCUCGCGUGAGAACUGCCUCUAAACUUUCACCUGAAAGUUUUUUUUUUUUUUUACAGUUUUCCAUUUUGCUUGCACCUUGUCACCCAAUCUUGUGGCUCUGUUGUAGUAUUAAAAAUAACUUGAGACUCUUGAAAUAAUAUUGUUGCUCCAAACACUAUGAUCUUGACUUGAUUCUACUUCUCGCAAUGAUUGCUGCAACGAAAACGUUCCAAACCAUGUUCAUUUUGGGUGGUGUUUCCUCCCGAAAAUUUGUAGGAAUAUUGCGUGCUAUACUAAAUCACUGUCCUCCCUACCUUACCAUAUGCUACGGAAGCGGACCGGUGCAAAUCAAAGGCAGAAUAGCCUGUGUGGUUCACGGUGAAGCCGCGUCAACCAGCGUUACUAGCCGUUAAUCUAGAAGGCGACUAAAAGAGCAGGUGAAAGCAGGUGAAGUGUUUCGCGCGUAAAGCAAAAGUGAAAGAGAUAAUAAACAACCCGAGAUCGUCAGUAUUUCUUAUUGAUUUCCCGCUAGACUAAACUAUAAUUAAAGGAGACUAAAACAUGUAUCGUCACAUAUACUCCACCUCUUCGAGUAAGCUCGACCUCGAGAGGUAAAUUAAAGAAGAGAAAAAAAAAAUGAAUGAAAUCUUACUAUAAUCGUAACGCCAUGGAACCUCGGUUUGAUCUUGGUGAUAAGGCUUGGGUGGGUGUUUAUUUUGAGAACGGACCUCUGGAGCUAGGGUACUCUACUGGCUAAGACAGAAAGAAGGUUUGCAGUUUUAAGUAUGUUGUGGCUCCCUCACCUACCAGGUUUGGGUGCAUAUCUAUCUAAGCGCGAGUAAUCGGAAACGUAAAAACCGAGGAUCCAAUUCUGAUUCGGUUAUCUUCAUGACUUAAACGUUUUCAGUAAAGUUAAGAUGGCGUUUACAUUUCCUUUUUAUUUGGAAGUUUUACCGGGUGUUGUCGAACCGUGGAAAUGCCAACCGAUAGUUGUUGCGGUGACCCUUUGGCACGGUUGGGUUGCUCUCACGUUCAUUUUGCGCGCACUGUCACCUGAUUACAUAGUCAAAAAAAUAAAUUUGGAUUUGGAGGGAGUCGAUACGUGUUCGGCUCCGCUAAACUACAGGAAAUCAUCUUUCUUGGAAGAUAUCAUUGGACAUCCGUCGAAGAUUAGUGGGGGGACAUAAACGGAAAGAAAUCAGACAAACUUUUCACCGAUUAAAUACCACACAAGGUGUUGGUAGAUAGCAUUGAGAUCGUUUUCAUAUCAAAGGUUAAUCCAGGCCAAGUUGGAGAGCAAGAUUAUUGGACUGUGUUUUGACGUGCGCCCAGAAAAAGUUUGCCGGAAACCAUGGUGGAAACGUUUGCCGCACUCGAAAUUGGAUAAAACAAGUCCGGGUUUUUUUAUUAUUGUGCAAAAGGGAAGCUUUUUAAGUUUCUUGUGCUGUAGGGUUUGUCUGUAAUCCUUGUCACAUGCCUUCAAAUCGCCCGGCAUUAUUUUUAAGGGGCUUGGUUAGAUACGUGUUAAAAAAUAACAGAGCAACGUAACACUAUACCGAGAAGGUUUCUAGGUUUUCAAAGUUGAAGUUCAUUUCCGGCUCAGCAGUAUCACUGAACAUGUAGGAAUGGAACAUGAAAGACACUGACACUUUUCCUGCCCGGAAAUUUAUUUUACAGAUGCGUAAUAAUAAAGCUUACCCGAUCUUAAAUCCUAGGUAAAGUAAGAAGUCUUGCGGACAGUUACCCUAACAAAUUUGUUUUCGUCGUUUUCAACUGUAGCCUUCGAAAUAUAGUUCAGGUUUGCUAAGUGGAAAUUUAGUUCUAGGCCCCUUAUGAGAGGAAAAGGAUGUUUAAUUCAUUUUCUAUUUGUGUUACUAGUUCUUGACUAAGCCAGGGGAGUACAUGGGAGUAGCUACAUGCACGCGCGGCGCGUGUCUGCACGUGCGUACCUGGAAAGGUCGAGAGUUGAAAAAAAUAACAAAAUAAAUAAAAUGAAAAAAGCCAACAAUAAAAAAAUUGUCUCAGUUAAGUUGACUCUGUUUCUUUGAACUAUUUUUUCUAAAACGACGGCCUUUUUUCUUUUUUGUUUCUCUCUUUUUUUCCUCACCCGAAUGUUGGAUCCAAUACUUAGAAGCGAUGUGAUUCAUUGGUGGACCGAAUCUUGAAAAGUAUAAUUAGACAAAAAACUGGAAAUAGCGCUCAGAUAGCAGGUCGUUAACGCGUUGGGAAAUUGUUCUCACCUCUAGAAAAGUCAUGGACUACCUUACAGUUUAUCGCCAUCUUUAUGCCAAUACCAUAACUUAUUUCCAAUUUUAGUAGGAAGGCAAGAAGAAUGCGUUCUCAGUACUUCGAGUUAAGUUCUGAUAAGUUAACUAUAUUUUCUCGAGCAGUUCACCCAAAAGCAGAGGACACGAAUCAAUAUUGAGCGCGGGUCGAAAACACGAACUUUGUAAACGAGUAUUGUUAAACUGAACUUAUGCUUAAUUUUCUUUUCUUUGUUUCCUUAGAUCUGCAUUGAAGUUGGGGAGCGGAGUUUUUGUGUACGUGGUGACAUGGAUUCUUUUAGGACAAAAUAGCGAAGAAAAUGUGGACGAGUCCGCCAAGAAACAAUUCACGGUAGGAGACUCGAGAGAAUUCCAGUCGGUUGAUUCUAAAGUGAAACCUUCAUAUAACGAACGUCUACACAACGAACAAUAUUCUCUGCCCUAGUUUGAGUAAAAUAUAUGGAAAGGAACAUCGAUAUAACGAAACCUGGCCAAUGCCUUGGUCCUUCGUUAGCCUGUUCCAGGCCGGCGUACGAUUUAGCUCGCUCCCCGUCAUUCGAACGCCGCGCUCCACUAUCUGAACGCCUGCAACAGGCUAGUCCUUCGUUAAAUCGAGGUUCCACUGUAGUGAUAUACAACUGCCUUCCCCCUUAAACUCCAAUAUUAAAGUACUGGAAGGACGGUAAUGUUGUUUUUGUUUUUGUUUUGUUUUGUUUUACUACUCUCGUACACUAAUAAUACGGUAUAUAUAAAAAAAUCAUGCACCGAAAAAUUUUUACGCUUUUCUGGUUAUUUUUAAUNUUUUUGUGUACGUGGUGACAUGGAUUCUUUUAGGACAAAAUAGCGAAGAAAAUGUGGACGAGUCCGCCAAGAAACAAUUCACGGUAGGAGACUCGAGAGAAUUCCAGUCGGUUGAUUCUAAAGUGAAACCUUCAUAUAACGAACGUCUACACAACGAACAAUAUUCUCUGCCCUAGUUUGAGUAAAAUAUAUGGAAAGGAACAUCGAUAUAACGAAACCUGGCCAAUGCCUUGGUCCUUCGUUAGCCUGUUCCAGGCCGGCGUACGAUUUAGCUCGCUCCCCGUCAUUCGAACGCCGCGCUCCACUAUCUGAACGCCUGCAACAGGCUAGUCCUUCGUUAAAUCGAGGUUCCACUGUAGUGAUAUACAACUGCCUUCCCCCUUAAACUCCAAUAUUAAAGUACUGGAAGGACGGUAAUGUUGUUUUUGUUUUUGUUUUGUUUUGUUUUACUACUCUCGUACACUAAUAAUACGGUAUAUAUAAAAAAAUCAUGCACCGAAAAAUUUUUACGCUUUUCUGGUUAUUUUUAAUGAUCCGUCCCUCGGCGGUUUCAAAAUUUUAAUUUUUGUAAUUAAAAUUAUAACUGUGAAAAAAUCAUCAAAUCUGAUCGGCUAUCAGCGGCCCUAAUUUCAUCAUUUUUAUAGGACAGUACCUCAAAAAACGUUGAGUUCUAAUUUUAAAAAAUUAAACAAAUCGGACGUCCCGCUAUGUGGUCAUCCGAUUUUGUUAAUCUGUCGCAUGAUUAAAGACCGAGUUGGACUCCACUCAGUCCUAUUACCAUUAAAUGAGAAAAAAAUAGGCGUGACCCCAUUCUCUUUUGUUCUCAAUUUAAAAUGUUCAGUUGAUGUCAGUCAAAGAAACCGGCAAAUGAAGCCCACCGCGAGAAAAAGGAAGGGAUUGUGAUUGUAGUGUUAACCAAUAAUUAUGUAUUGCCUUUAUGCAGUAUCAAUCAAUAAUCGUGAUGCUUACGGGAAGUUUUUUCUCCAUCAUAUUUCACCUGGGAGUUGAGGACAAAGAUGACUCUUCAGGUAUGCAUUUCAUUGGUGUUUAUACACGUAGCUCUUUGCAGUGAGGUAUUUCCGUCUUUAUGCAAUCAUCUUAUCAUCAUGUUCAAAUUCGUCCAAGAACCCCAUCCCUACCCGCCUUCAGCAAAAAUCUAGUCCACGUGUCGGGCGCAUGCAUCUUGUCCUUCUUCGCAUCACGUGCAUUGCUUUUUACUCUUGGCUUAGCAUAAAAACAGUAUUUUAGAAAAUUCCUCAAAUUUCCUUUGGUCAGAUAAGAAAAAUAAACAACCAUUAUGACUAAGUGCUUCUGAAGAAGUUUUAUGUGAUUGGUCACGGAAUCGUAUUUGUUCCGUAUAUUCAAAAGGUAUUUGGGAAAAGAGCUACCUAACUUUUGUCUCAAUUUGAUUCAGUGAUAUUGAUACUUGUAAAAAUACGGUCUCUGUUUCUGUUUCCUUCUUUUAUUACGAAGCCUGCGUUUCUGGUAAAAUUAUUUCGUACCUUAGAGUUGUUAAUGCGACGCUGAUUAAUCUUGCAACUUCUGUCAAACUCAUGUCGCAAGUAAGUGAGACCGUCAGCUAUACCGAGUGCACUGACGGCAUGCAAAACUGCUUCAACCUGUUGAUUGCACAAAGACAUAACCGAAUCUAAACAUCGUCAAAAUCGUAAUUGCGUUAAUUCGCUGAUUGGCGUAGUAUCUUAUUGUUUCACUUCAGAGCUAGAGAAACAAAAAGAUUUGAAGCCGAAAGCGUCGCCCAAUGGACCAGAAUGUAAAGACCUUGAAAAACAAGCGCUUGAACUUGAACUUCAGAGGCAAGAAAAACACCGACAGCAAGACGAACGAAAGAGAACGUGGAAAGAGUGGUUUAAAACUCCAGACUUUUACAAGGUAAAAUAAUGAUUCAGAGUUCUCACAUCCACAAAGUGUUUCGGUUAAUCUACCAUCCCUAAUCGAGUUGCAAUUUGUAAAUAUCGUAAAUGAUCUUAUAGUCAUCCUCUCUUAAAUAAACGCCCCCUGACGAUUUUAAGUUUGUAUUAGACGCCCCCGGAUCUCUAAUAAACGCCUCCCUGACUAAGAGACACCCCACAUUGCGGUUGCUUCAAAACACUUGUCUAGGAAAUAGUGAAAUAGAGCAAAACCAUUGAAUAUAUUUAGUUUCCUGUCUGAUAAAACACUACUUUGCCCAUUUCAGCUUGUUCAAUGUCUAGUUCAAACUAAGGAUUCUGGCACUGAAGUUGAGCUUUAAAAAAACGAUCUGGAUCUCUAAACGGCCUAUUUCUCCGAAAGCAGAUCAGUUUUGUAGUGGAGUUUAUUACAGUUUAAGAAUAUGAGGAUAAGCACCUCUGUCUUUUAUACGUCUCCUGUCUAUGAACGCCCCUCUAUCAUUUUCUGAAGCGCCCCGAAUGGAAUUUGGGCGAAAACCAUCGAAUUUCCUGGUAAGCACCCAAGAUUACUUUUUGCCCUCCGUUAACUUGGUCAUUUAUUGGAGCAAGAAAUGAGUUUAUUCAAUUUUGAAGUACAUGUCCGAAUGUAUGCUUUCGCAUUUGGUAUGACAAAAAAAACCUCUUUAAAUAAACCUAUGUUUGUUUUUAAUUUCAGGUUGUGUUUGUCUAUAUGGCGACGCAAAAUGUAGUAAACCUAAACCAGUCGUAUUUUCCAAUGUACUUGACGGAGACACUUCACUUCAACAAGGUAUAUCAUUAUUUGAAAUACAUAUAUCUCAAUUUUAGUAGCCUUAAGGUCAGGGUUUUUUUGUGUCCAGCGAGCGAGCAGGCGGUUUUUUUUUUGUACUUUGCACUGUCCUCUUGGAUUGGGAAAGCAAAAGAAGAUCGGGUGAAGUUUUAACCCUUCAAGUCCCAAUAGUGACCAAGAUCAAUGUUCUCCUAACACUAUCCGUGCACUGUUAAGAGAUAAGUUAUGAGAAUUAAUAAAAUGAUCACCUGAGAGAAAAUGCCCUGAUCUGUCAUCAAAUUCUUUCAACUAAUUCCUUAAGGAAAUGUAUGGAGAUCAGUUUGGAGAAUUUGUUUGUGGAUACUGGGGCUUAAAGGGUUAAGUGCUAUCAAGUGGGGGUUAGAAUUGCGUCCCCGGAAGACCGAGCACUGUAAGUUACCUUCUAUACUGAAAGAGAAACGAAAAAAACAUUAAGCAAAGUAAACAACAUUACAUAUGGAGGAGAGAUGCACAAUAGUAUUUGAGGUAGCUUGUGUAUAAAUGGUACAACAAAAGUGCAGCUCAGCUCAAUUACAACUACUUUAAGUAAAUAUAAUUACUACUUUGAAAAGCACCUUUGGUGUCUCAUCGCUCGGACUAUUUCUGACUCUAUCUUUUACGUGAGUGUCGGUACUUAUAGCUUGUCUGAACAAUCCAGGAAGAAACGUUUGAAUCACGUCGCACUGAUUGCUUUGGACGCAAGCAGAGAAAAUAUGUCCCUAGCCUGCGUGCAGACAUUUCCUUUAUUCCUUUUGUUGCACAGAGAAAAGGGACAAUUUAAAAAUACAGUCGACUCCCGAUAACUCGAACCUUCAAGGGAAAUCGUAAAGAGGCUCGAGUUAUCGGGAAUUCGAGUUAUCGAGGGUUCGAGUUACCGAGGGUAAAAUUAUAGUGAAUGUAUGACGUGGGAAAUCCAGGGGAAAUCGAUUUUGGUUCGAGUUAGCGCGAGGUUCGAGUUAGCGAGGGUUCGAGUUAUCGGGAGUCGACUGUACAAGGGGACGUCUACUUGCAGGCUAGUAUUUUCCCUUGCUUUCAAAUUUGUUUACCUUGCAUUUUUUCUUCUUACAGGAAGCUAUUGCAUAUUUUCCUUUAAUGAUUCUCAUCAGUGGAAUUCUUAUGAGCGCAGGAAUAAAACGACUUAACAGAUUCUUUUCAAACAGGGUAUGUAUCAGGCAGGGACAAUUAACCACUGCAUUCUCCCGAAUUCUUUAAAAACCUGUUUUAGGCUUCGUCUGUUUUUCCAUUUCUUAGAUAAAGAAAAAAAUAAUCACUCUGAGUUCAGGGUAGCCACCUUAGGCCUAGGCUAACUAUAGCCUUUUUCUUUUAACGGUUUACGAAAACGCGAGAUUCAGUUUGAUACCGUUUUUCCUUUACUACUUUUUGAAACCGAGCAUUUUACGGGUACUGACAAUUUUAGCAAAGUCUGUCGAGAAAAAUGUGAAAUUCACAACUUCGGAAAAUCUAAGGGAAGUCAGCAAAAGUAAAAUUCUCAUUUCACUCAAAACCAACAUCUACAACGCAGUAGAAAAUAUACAGCGAAUUUGGGAAAUUUAUCAGCUGAUAGACUGAUAAGAGGUUGAAAACUAAAAAGCUUAAAAGCUCUUAUAAGGAGUAAGAGUGCUGGAGACGCGGCUGGCUUAAAAUUCUAAAGUCUUACUCGUACUCAAUCUCGUACAAGUACUCUUAACUGAGGGUCGCUAAUACCUGCAUUUACGCUUGUGCCGUUUUCUUUGUAGGUAUUGUUUUGUGUAGGUAAUGUGAUCGUUAUUGGUUGUUCAACGUGGUUUUACUUCACGCCCCAAUCCCAUAGGGAUGUCAUAUACGCGNAGGGUCGCUAAUACCUGCAUUUACGCUUGUGCCGUUUUCUUUGUAGGUAUUGUUUUGUGUAGGUAAUGUGAUCGUUAUUGGUUGUUCAACGUGGUUUUACUUCACGCCCCAAUCCCAUAGGGAUGUCAUAUACGCGCCCACGAUCAUCAUGGGCUGUGGUAACUCUAUGAUGAUAGUGACGUCAUUGGCUAUGGUAGCAGACCUGAUUGGUGAUGACAAGGUAGGUUGCAUGUGAGGUUAAUAACCUUCAGUGAGCAGUGAGUGAGUGCAGAAAAAUUCCGAGGCAAGCAUCAAGCGAUGAUUAGACUGCAUUGUAAGGCUUAGGUGUAUCCCAUAGUGUAGAUAGCACACGUAAUGGAUAGAGCUAUUGCUUUCCUUUUAGAUUGGUCACAGUCACCUAUUUUUCCUUGAGACGGUCGAGAUGAAGCACGCGCUUUCCGUUACGGGGGACCAUUUUGUUUGUCAAAUUUAACAAGGGGGCGGGCGUCGGGUUUAAGUGCGGACGGGGGAGAGAGGCUCCUUCUCCCAACCGCAAUCAUCUCCAGACUGGGCACAAACGGUAUACUUGAAACCACGAUAGCCGUCCGUAAGAGAAAGCGUUAGAUCCGGACAUCUUACAGUAAAAUAGUGGACUCUGAACAGUCUGUUUCAGUUUUAGUUUAUUUAUUGCUAGAAAAAAAUAAACAGUCAUUUAAUAUAAUAUUACAAAAAUGAUAAUUAAGAUUAAAAUUGACGUAAAUUACUUAAUUGGAGGAAUUAGAGGUUAUUUCGGGUGAAGAAGCUCAAAUUGAAACUGUAGGGGCUUAUUACCAUGAGUUCUCUCCCUAACCUAAGAUUAUGAAUACAAUAAAUAAUUAAGCGGCGAAAUCUUGCUGAAAUAUAUUUAGACGGAAUAAAAAGCAAGCAAAACAAAACACAUUAAACGAGCAAAAAGCAGCAAAAAACAAGUAUUAUUUACAAGUAGUGAAUCAGCUAAUGAGAAAUGUUUUCAAUCCGGCAGUUAUAAAGGAGAGAUAGUAGACUCCGUUUCUUCCGUCUGUUUAUUGAUCACUGGAAUUGAAAACCGACUUGUCGUUACAAAGCCAACAGCACCACCAUCAUCACCUCACUUUUUUUUCUUAUCGGUAUAACAUUUUUUUAAAUUUCUUUUUGCAGAAAUCUAGUGGUUUUGUCUACGGUGUUUGUGCUUUGAUGGACAAAUUGUCGCUUGGCUUCAUCGUUUUAGGGUUACAAGAAAAUUACCCGCAGCAGGACACAACAACAGGGUAA